AAGAUUAGCUGCUGCAAGUCGCAUUGCGUAUUGCGUUCCAGCGUCUUGGGAUCUUGGGUGACCUCGAUCAACAUUCAAUUACAUCAAAUAGUAUAUUAUACAUCUAAAUAUAACCCACCCACCCAACGUCAUUUCAACAUUAGGUAUUUCACCUACAUAUUCAAAAGCCAACCAUUUCGUCUACUACUCCAUUCUUAUAUCGAAACACCCCCAACAAACCUAUCGCGAUGGAUUUCGCACCCUAUCAAUCCUCUCCGCCCGAAAACAGCCGUCCCUUCUCCCCGCCUCGGUCCAACGCCGCGUCGCCGCGUGCUUCCUUCGAUAAUCGUCGGCCUUUCUCCCCUUCGCAGCAGCAGCAGCGCGGCUUUUCGUCCCCGCCGCCUUUACAACACCCUCAACCCCAACGUUCGUGGCAGUCAUCGCUUUCCGGCGCUGGUGUCGGUAGCGGCUACGCGCCUGAGACCGGGGCGUACGUGAGCGAGUUCGACACUAGCCUUGGCAUACGGUUGGAUUAUGAAGCUUGUCUAGCGUACCUUGCGCUGCCGCCUCUAGGCGCAAUAAUAUUGCUGAUAGUGGAGCGGAAGAGUGACUUUGUCAGGUUCCACGCGUGGCAGUCCAGUCUGCUAUUCACCGUCGUUUUCAUCGUACACCUAAUCUUCUCGUGGUCGACAUUCCUAAGCUGGGUCAUGUUUCUUGCGGAUCUGGGCCUGAUGGGGUGGCUAGCCCUGCGCGCAUAUCGGGAUGCGGACACGUUAGAUCGAUUCGAAGUUCCUAUUUUCGGCCAAAUAGCGAGUCGAAUACUCGACGACGAGUAAAGCACCUAUGCUAAUUCACCUAUGGUUGGAACGGAGUUCCGGGACUGAUAUAAAGUCAGGAGAAGGCUUUAUUUCGCUGUAUCAUAUCGAUUACUGUGGAUGAUGUACAUAUACCCCAAGUGCCCUGAGGCCUCUGUUCUAAUACUAAUAUCAUAUGCUUGACUUGACCUUAACACGACGAUUAUUAGCACCUAAUAUAGUAUGUCGAAUACGUACUCUAGAGCUCUUGGGGCUACUUGGUCGUCCCAUAGGUUCAAUCGCCUGACUUGAUAUUAGGAAUAUUGGUAGGAAUUCUAGUAGUCAUUGAUAUGAUGUCGAGUCUAAGAACAGGUUAAACCAAGGUCCGUGUUGGAACAGGC